UUUAUAACACAAAGAUCGUCUAAUUCUACCAAUUUAAAUGUGUAGAGUGUAAACAUUGAAGGAUCCUAGAAGAUGUAUCGGUACCCCAGAAUGCGAAAACAACAUAUGGACCACAUCACUCCCUACGAUGUGAUGCAAAUUCAGAACUGCAAGACAUUUGCAUUUCGUAAGGGGGAAUUAUAUCCCAGCAUUAUACCGCCAGUGUCUCGGUGCGAUUCUGAUCUCACAGCCAAGUGGCUUUGUAACGCAAUCAACGAUUCCGGCUGUGGUACAGUUGAGCCUCGAGUAUUACAAAAAAUGCAAAAAAGUCGAAAUGAGAAAAUACAUCUUCAAAGGACUCUCGAUGAUGGUCAGAGCUCCACCGAAGAUAUGAUUCCAAUGCUCAAAUACAAGAAAGCAAACUUUCAGCAAUGGGAGAAUUAUCCAAGCAUCAGGCCUCCAAUAUCUCCAUGUGGUCCUGAGUUGGCAAAGAUGUUGGAUGGGGCUGUUAUGGGCAAUGACAGUCAGCGGCUAUUUGACAUGGAACAAGAUGAUAUCAUGGAGGUUUGGAGGCGAAGCCCCAAUAAGGAUACGUUGGGUUAUUACGGCAUAGGCUCAGACGUUCACAAGCCGGAAGCUAUCGACUUUAAUCAGGUGAUUAAAAAAUGCCUAGAUAAGGUUAAUCCCCAGCUGGCCAAGGAAAAGUCCAAGACCAAACUUACGCAACUUGCACCUAAAAGUAACGAGCAACCUAAGGAACCUCAAGGAGCAUUUCUACUUAAUCGUCAGAUGCUUAAGUCUAAAAUUAAUAAACUAAUCCCUGAGCAUGAAACGCUUAGCGACGCACUCGGCUGGGUGCAUUGUACCCGUUCAUUUGGCGACAACCAGCCGUUGUUCCGAAGUGAGCCGAAGAUCAGUGUCAACGCCGUCCUUGACACUGAACGACCAUCCACGAAGACAAAGUACGAGUUAAGACGCAGACGCAAGCAUUGCCAAGAUGAUAUUGCCGCAAACCAAUGCACAGAAUUCGAACGGAAACGAGAUCCAAGUCCAUAUGAACUGGCGUACCAAAGGGAGAUGGAACAGUUGGAGAAGGAAAUCGAAGCAGAGCCGAAGAAUUACGAUCAGCUGUACUCGCAACUAGUCACAUGCUUUGAAAAGAAUACCUACACAGAUCCUAUUUCUGAAGCUUACAAGUGCUGCCAGAAAUCUUCAGUGGUUGAGGAUGAGGACGAUGGCGCUGGUGCGUCCGGUGACGGUAGAGCUGGUCGAGAUGCAGGUCAUCGUUCUACUAAGACAGCUGAUAUGGGAGCUGGUGAUGGCACUGGUGUUCCAGUUGGGGCAACUGGUGGUGCAGGUGAAGGAGCAGGGAAUGGUGCAGGUGGAGGAGAAGGAGAUGGUCCUGGUGGUGGAGCAGGAGAUGGUGCAGUUAAAGGGACUAAGCCAUCCAUAACUAAAGCUUAUAAACAGCCGAGAAAAUCGUCUAAAAAAUCUGGCCAAAACAAAGCUGAAAGAAAACAAAAUGGCACUCCAUUAAAAAAAAAUUUCGAACUAUUUCGUAAUACUUCCCAGUCUGGGAGUGGAACUAUUCCUUCUAUUUCGGUCGAUAAACCAAGCGGUCCAGAGCCUUCCCGAGUGUCUUUGCAAACGAAAGAGCGUCCGGGAACGAAAAUGCGCUUAAAGCGCAAAAAGGGCAGGAAAGCCAAAAAACUAAUCGGUCGUUCAGAAAAUGACAAUGUACCGAUUAAGGAUUGCACUUGUGAAGUUUGCAAGUUUAUGGAUCGUCGAGAGAGUGAGCCAGAUUCGCCGCUCAUUCGCCAAAUGAAAGGCGCAGCAAAACAACGUGAGCGUUGGGAAUACUUCCAUAGCAUUCGCCAGCACAUGAAGUUCUGUGGGCCUGAAUAUCGUGCCUCUCAGCACAAGUGCGCUCCUAUAGCAUGCGACAACAGCUUUUGCUAUAACCGCAAGUGGAGUGAGUCUCUUGACCGUUUGGCAGCAUUGCAAAAGCUGCAGAGGUUGAUCGGUCCCAGGUACGAAAAUAUGGAUCGUGAUGUUCUCGACAAACUAAAGUUUCUCAGAAAUCGUAUAUGCCAACAAAUGUGCGACUUUAUAACGAUGCAAAGGACCAAGCGAAAUAUUUGACAUUCAGGAUCUUUUGAUACAUUUUACAAUUGUUGACAACGUUAUUUUACAAUAAAAUUGUGUUUUAUAAGACAUCUUUUUGAUAAAAGCAACUUGGCAUG